AUGAUUUUAAUUCAAUCGAUUAGAUCCAGCAUUUUAUUAUUGUUAACGAUAGUACUUUUAAAAAUCGAUGUGAAAGGCUUCCACCCUUACCUAGCUGAAUGUGGCGAUGUUAAACCUAGACAAGAAUUAUACUAUCCGGAUUAUAAUAUUUAUCAUAAUUAUAAAACUACCAAGGAACUUAUAAUAACCUUGGCUGAUAAUUUCAAAGACUAUAUUAGACUGGAUUUAUCUUAUGUCUCUCGUUUAGGCGAACCACAGCUAUUAGUACGUGUUACUAACUUCACUCAUCUAAAAAAACAAAACAUUACAAAUUACUGGAGGAAUGACAGUAGUAAAAAAAGAGUAAAACUUUUAAUAUCUAGCGGCGAACAUGCAAGAGAACUGAUUCCAACGGAAAGUGUCAUUUUCUUGCUAACCAAUAUAACCAAUGGAUUAAAACAUAGCGGUGAUAAAAGGCCAAUGGAUAAUGCUGCCUAUCGCUUCAGUCAUUACAUUUUAACUUACGUAGAUCUAUUUAUUAUCGUAAUGUUGAAUCCUGAUGGUCGCAAGUAUGCGGAACGAACUCGAAAUUAUUGUUGGAGAGGUACUAGUACUGGAGUAGAUUUAAAUAGAAAUUUUGAAUGGCAAUUUGGUGGAAGCGGCAGUUCCAGUAAUAAGGAAGAUGAAGAAUAUCGCGGUCCACAUUCUUUCUCAGAACCAGAAUGCAACGUCUUGCUUGAUUUAACAAGUCAAUACGAAUUUGAUGCUUUCUUCUCUCUACAUGCUGGUAUUAAGCAUAUAUACGUACCAUAUUCCGACAGUAUGUCCCAGAAAAUAGGUCGAAAGCCCGCAAAUAUUAAAGAACAGCUGAAAUUGGCCUCAAUAAUGGCUAAGAGCAGUGCUUCUAAAUUUACAUACGGCCAUGCGUACGACUUAAAUGACUAUGCUGCUGAUGGUACGGUGUUUGAUUAUAUGGCAGGGAAACGAAAUAUCCCCUUCUCAUUCGCCAUCGAGUUGUGGGGUAAUGGUGAUAAUUCAAAUAAGCGCUGCUUCGAUUUGUUUAAUCCUCACUCUCAAGAUCUAAAGGCUGCUUUAGAAUCCAUUUAUCCAAUUUUUGUGGCUGGAUUAACUAGCCUAAUUCAAAAAAAGCUGCAAAGAAAUCAAAACAAGCAUCUUUUUGAUGCAAAACUCAAUUUAUAUGACAAUAGCUUGCAAGUUCAUUCACAAAUGUCCGGCAUGAUUGAUCAAGUAAACCAAGAAGAACAGAAUUUUAACUUCAAGAUAAAAAACGUUUUAUUGUCGGCAAGUUCAAAUACUGCAUUAGAAAGGAAAAAUCCAGACUUUGUAGAUUGGGUAAAACUUGGUUUGGCUAAAAUUUAUUAUUGCUUGCCUGCCAAAUUUUUCUAA